GCAGCCGCAGGUGGGCAGGGCGGGGUGCACCUGUAGGGGCCAGGACGGCGAGUGUCAGCGCCCGUGGGUGCCGCUAGCCACUACGCAGUGCUUGGAGUCGGGGCAGAGGCCCCGGGGAGGGAGCUCCGUCCUCAGAGCGCGAUGCAGUGAGGACGCCCGGCGACCAUGGCAGCGGCCGACGAGCUGGCCUUCCACGAGUUCGAGGAAGCCACCAAUCUCCUGGCCGAGACCCCGGAUGCCGCCACCACGAGCAGGAGUGACCAAGUGACCCCCCAGGGCCACGUGGCAGUGGCCAUGGGCUCGAGCGGCAGCUACGGAGCCGAGGAAGAGGAGGCGGCGGAGGAGGAGGGGGGCGACCAGGCCGCGCUCCUGCAGGAGAAGCCGCAGCCCGGGUUCUGGACCUUCGGCUACUACCAGAGCUUCUUUGACGUGGACACUUGGCAGGUCCUAGACCGCAUCAAGGGCUCCCUGCUGCCGCGGCCCGGCCACAACUUCGUCAGGCACCGGCUGCGGAACCGGCCGGAUCUCUAUGGCCCCUUCUGGAUCUGCGCCACCCUGGCCUUCGUCCUUGCUGUCACCGGCAACCUGACCCUGGUGCUGGCCCAGAGGAGGGACCCCUCCAUCCACUACAGCCCCCAGUUCCACAAAGUGACCGUGGCAGGCAUCACCAUCUACUGCUACGCGUGGCUCGUGCCACUGGCGCUGUGGGGCUUCCUGCGGUGGCGCAAGGCCGUCCGGGAGCGCGUGGGGCCAUACACCUUCCUGGAGACCGUGUGUGUCUACGGCUACUCCCUCUCCGUCUUCAUCCCCACGGUGGUCCUGUGGCUCAUCCCCGUGCCGUGGCUGCAGUGGCUGCUGGGGGCGCUGGCCCUGGCGCUGUCGGCCGCCGGGCUGGUGUUCACCCUCUGGCCCGUGGUCCGGGAGGACAGCAGGCUGGCGGCCGCGGCGCUGCUGUCCACGGUGGUACUGCUGCACACCCUGCUGGCCAUGGGCUGUAAGCUGUACUUCUUCCAGCCGCUGCCCCCACAGCAGGUGGCCAUGCCACCCCAUGCCACAGCUCUGGGCGUGAACACACUGCUGCCGGCCACGCCGGCCCGGGCCACGGCAACCUCUUAGGAUGGCCCCGAGCCCACAGGCCGCACCAGGGGCCCCCAGACAGCGACCGAGGCCUCGCGGGACGCCUUCAGAGCCCUCCGCCACGUCCAGACUUUUCUUACAAAGCAAACACUUUUAUUUUCUAUGCAAAGGUGAUUCAGAGAAUUUAUAUAAAGGCGGGAGGGGCAGCCGAGCAGGGAGCUUCCAGCGCAGCGCCAGGCAGGGCCUCGCCCCCGCCCCCGCCGGCCGUGCCCCCACCUCCCUGCCUCCCGUGGCCUCGGGCCUGGCUGCGCUCGGGGCUUCGACACGGGACAAGUACAAGAAAACUGCCUGUGCUGACA